UUCAGUAGUGAUGUUACACCUUCAAAGCUUUGUGGUACUCCUUGGCGUUUUGCUUUGGAGAUGCGCCGGCGUAUACGCCCAGAAUGUGUUUAACUACGAGGAGCAAAAAAACCUGUCACGACCGUACACAAUACAGGUUCAACGUUUCCUGUGCGUUGAUGCGCCAUACAAGGAAACUAUCCUGCACGAGUGUCGUAUGAUAUUUAGAAGGAAUCAACGGCCACUUCUAAACGUAUCGCUGGAAGCGCCAAAGAAAUAUAACUACCUGAUGAUACAGUUCCAGAUGCACUACAAAUUCAAAAAGUACCAACCGUUCCUGAUAGAUAUAAAGGCAGAGGGAUGUGAACUAAUGCGUGAUCGGAAGAAUGACCCUACCCGUCGCUGGAUGUACGGAGUGUUGAAGGAUUUGAUGUCCAGUAUAGUUCAUCCCUGUCCGUUUGGGGUAUGUUUUAUCUGAAGAAAUGCAACGAUUGUGUAACGCACGACUUUGAUGUAUGAAUUUCAGAAUAGAACCUACAACGGGAUGGGCUCGAUCAAGGAGGAAUAUGCACCGAGAUCAAUCCCGGCUGGCGAGUACAGGAUGGAUGGAAUAUUUACAUCCCAGGCCAAUGUAACGCUACUUUCGUUGCAGUUGUUCUUUGAAGCUAGAAGAAGGGGUAUUUUGAAAUCAAUGUUAGAGUGGUAAGGGGCUAUUUAAUUGAUAUUCAUCUCAAAUAUUCGUCUUUGACCUUUCAUUUAUAACUUCGAAUGUUCAGUGCAGCAAAGAUCCAAUCUUAACUGCGUUCAUCGAAAAUGGUUCUCUUAUAUCGUUGAAACUAAUGUAGCUUCAAGGUUUUAUGAAUCUGA